CUCUGGUUUUUGUUUCUAGAUUCUAUUCAUAACCAUUGUUUUUUGACUUUGUGUCUUUGGCAAACAAAACAAAAAAAAACAUGGCUUCCAGAAGAUUAUUUUCCUUGCUGUUGUUGAUUGUAUCGUUAUGGACAACAUCAGUUCAAUCAUUGGAUUCCGAUCCAAUGAAAUGUAAUUCAAUUCGUAAUGAAGAUCGUAUUGAUUGUAAUCCUGAUCCACCAAUAUCGAAAGAAAUCUGUGAACAACGUGGUUGUUGUUGGAAUGCUGGUAAUAACACUGAUGAUGAUGGUGGUAAUUUAAUCAGUCGAGCACUACCUCAUCUUGGUGUACCUAGCUGUUAUUAUGGUGAAAAUUAUAUUGGUUAUAAGAUUGAAAAAAUAUAUAUAAAAGACGAGGAUUUAUCAAUGACUAAAUUGAAACGUGUUCGACCAUCAGGAUUCCCCAAAGAUAUUGAAAAUGUUAAUAUUGAAAUUCAUCAAUUGAAUGAUCAAGUACUUCGUUUGAAAUUUAUUGAUGCUAAUCAAAAACGAUAUGAAGUUCCAACACCAAAAUUAAAUAUUCCAUCAGUAUCAAAAUCAUCCAAUUCUAGGCUAUAUUCAACAGAAAUCAGUGGUUCACAUCUUAUUGUACGAAGACGUGAAACAAAUCAAUCAAUUUUUGAUAUUAAUCUUGCACAAAUGGUAUAUUCCGAUCAAUUAAUUCAUCUAACAUCUAAAUUGCCAUCAAAAUAUAUAUAUGGUAUUGGUGAACAUCGUGAACCAUUUCGUAAAACAACCGAUUGGAAACGUUAUACACAAUGGACUCGUGAUCAAGUUCCAAUAUCUGAUCAUGCUUUGUAUGGUUCACAUCCAUUUUAUAUGAUGGUUGAAAAUAAAACCAAAUUAGCAAGCGGUGUAUUCCUGUUCAAUAGUAAUGCUAUGGAUAUUUUAACACAACCAUCACCGGCAAUAACUUUCCGAACUGUUGGUGGAAUAUUAGAUUUUUUUAUAUUUUUUGGUCCAAAACCUGAACAAGUUGUACAACAAUACCAUAACCUGAUUGGUUUACCUGCAAUGCCACCAUUUUGGUCAUUAGGUUAUCAACAAUGUCGAUAUGGUUAUAAUAAUUUUACCAAUUUAAAUCAAACUUAUUGGCGUACAAGACAAGCAGGUAUUCCAAUGGAUGUUCAAUGGACCGAUAUCGAUAUGUUUGAUUCAUAUAAUGAUUUUACAUAUAAUCAUAAACAAUUUAAAGAAUUACCUGAUUUUAUUCGAAAUGUUUUACAUAAAAAUGGCCAAAAAUUUAUACCAAUGUUUGAUUGUGGUAUUUCAAGUGGUGAAAAGGCUCAUUCAUAUCGUCCAUAUGAUUAUGGUGUUGAAUUGGAUAUUUUUGUUAAAAAUUCAUCAAAACAAAUUUUCAAUGGAAAAGUAUGGAAUGGUAAAUCAACAGUAUGGCCGGAUUUUAGUCAUCCAAAUGCAACAAAAUAUUGGUCAAAAAUGUUUGAAGAAUAUCAUAAAAUUAUUGAAUUUGAUGGUGCUUGGAUCGAUAUGAAUGAACCAUCCAAUUUUUAUGAUGGUCAAAUUGAUGGUUGUCCAAAAACGGAAAUUGAAAAUCCACAAUAUGUACCCGGUAUGACUGAUGAUAGUCUGACUUUAAGACAUAAAACAUUGUGUAUGACGGCCAGACAUUAUAAUGAUCAAUUACAUUAUAAUCUUCAUAAUUUAUAUGGAUUUCAAGAAGCAAUCGCAACAAAUGAAGCAUUGAAAACUACAUUAAACAAACGACCAUUCAUUAUAUCACGAUCAUCGGCACCAGGACAUGGUCAUUGGGCUAGUCAUUGGGAUGGUGAUGUUAUUUCGGAUUGGUCAUCGAUGAGAUGGACAAUACCAUCGAUAUUGAAUUUUAAUCUAUUCGGCGUUCCGAUGAUUGGUGCCGAUAUUUGUGGUUUUAUUGGUGAUACAACUGUUGAACUUUGUCGUCGUUGGUAUCAAUUGGGUGCAUUUUAUUCAUUUGUACGUAAUCAUAAUACUGAUAAUGCUAUUGAUCAAGAUCCAGUAGCAUUAGGUGAAACGGUAGUUCGUACAGCUCGUAGUGCAUUAACUUAUCGUUAUGCAUUUUUACCCUAUUUAUAUACAUUGUUUUAUAAUGUCCACCAAAAUGGUGGUACAGUAUUACGGCCAAUGUUUUUUGAAUUUCCCGAUGAUGAUCAUUUGUAUGAUAUUGAAACACAAUUUAUGUGGGGUGAUUCAAUGUUGAUUGCACCGAUUCUAUAUCCAAAUCAAACAGAGAAUAAAGUUUAUCUACCAAAAGGAACAUGGCAUAAUAUGAGACAAACAUUCGAAAGUCAAGGACAAUAUUUUACCAUAAAAGAUUCAUUGGAUGAUAUUAAUUAUGUAUUUUUCCGUAGUGGUUCAAUAAUACCAAUACAAGAACCACAAAAUAAUACCGAAAUGAUGAAAUCAAAAGAUUUUGGCCUAGUAGUUAUAUUGGAUCCAAAAAAUCCUCAACCUAAUGCAAAAGGAUCAUUAUAUUUAGAUUCGGGUGAUAGUCUGGAUCCAGUGAAAAAAGGCGAAUAUAAUUUCUAUAAUUUUGAAGUUAAAAAUAAUACAUUAACAAUUGAAUCACAACAUCUUGGUUAUCAAACAAAUCAAUCGAUAAUAAUACUUGAAAUUUUUGGUAUUGACAGAAAACCAACCUCAAUAAUAUUUGAUGGUAAACCAUAUUAUCAAUUUAUUUAUACAACAAACAAUAUGUUGAUUAUACAAACAAAAUUAUCAAUUUUUAAUAAUGAUAAUAAUGAUAAAUCAAAAAAGAUUCAUUAU